UAGGUAGGAAAAACGAUGAGGUCCUGGAAAAUGAAUAUCGGGAGUUAGGACCAAGAGUGAGAGGAGGGCAACUCGAUCUAAAGGGACCGGCUGCAACAAACAACAACCCCACGCACAACAUGGCUUCACCCAGACACAACUCACGUCUCCCCGCAUGUGGUGAGGUUGAUGGUGACGGUGACGGUGAUGUCCGGGCCAUGCAGCAGGGGGCGACGCUGCACAAGGUGAGGUCGAGCCACUGGAAGCGCCCGCGGUUUUUCCAGCUGCAGGAGGAUGGGAGAAACAUCUGGUACAGAUCGCACAAACCUGGGCAGCACCGCAGCAGCUUCUCCAUCAGCGAGGUGGAGGCAGUGCGUGAGGGCCACCAGUCGGAGAUCCUGCAGAGCAUCGCGGACCAGUUUCCCGCUGACCGCUGCUUCACCCUGGUGUUCCGUGGCCGGAGGGGAAACCUGGACCUGGUGGCAGAGUCGGGGCGAGAGGCCGGACACUGGGUGAGGGGGCUACGCAAACUCAUCGAGGCCGAUCGCAACAUGGACCAGAGGGAGAAACUCGACCACUGGAUCAGCGAUUGGUUCCAGAAGGCGGACAAGGACAAGGAUGGUCGGAUGAACUUCAAGGAGGUCCGGGAGCUGCUGAAGAUGAUGAACGUGAACAUGAACGAAGACCACUCCCUCCGCCUCUUCAAGAUGGCGGACAAGUCUCAGUCGUCGACUCUGGAGGGAGAGGAGUUUGUUCUGUUCUACAAGGCCCUGACCAAGCGCGACGACGUGCAGGAACUCUUCACCCACUUGUCCGCUGACGGGGAGACGCUGACGUUGGAGGAGUUUGCAGGAUUCCUGCAGAGCGAGCAGGGGGAGCCGCGGGAGGAGGCCGAGACCAACGCCAAGGAUCUAAUCACUCGCUACGAGCCGUCCGAGACAGCCCGCAGGCUUUACGCGCUGACCCUGGAUGGGUUCCUGAUGUACCUGUGCUCUCCGGAAGGUUCCAUCUUCGAGCUGCGUCACGGGCCCGUGUACCAGGACAUGUCGCAGCCACUGUGUCACUACUUCAUCUCAUCCUCCCACAACACCUACCUCCUGGAGGACCAGCUACGCGGGCACAGCAGUGUGGAGGGCUACAUCAGGGCUCUGAAGAAGGGGUGCCGCUGUGUGGAGGUGGACACAUGGGACGGGCCGCACCAGGAACCGGUCGUGUAUCAUGGACACACCCUCACCUCCAAGAUUCUCUUCAAAGAUGUCAUCGCAGCCGUCAACACCUACGCCUUCACGGUAUCGGAGUUCCCUGUGAUAGUGUCCAUUGAGAACCACUGCAGGCUGGAGCAGCAGCAAGUCAUGGCCCAUCAUCUACGCUCCAUCCUGGGGGACAAGCUGCUCACCUGCCCCUUAGAGGGGUCUCCCCCCAACGCUCUCCCCUCUCCCCAGGAUCUACGGCGGAAGGUCCUGGUGAAGGGCAAGCGCAUCGGCUGGCUGGAGGGGAGCGGUCAAGCGCUGGACGAGGGGAGCGAGGAGGAGGAGGAGGUGGGGGAGACGGAGGAAGAGAACGGCAGGAACGGGACGCGGAGGAGAGGAAAGAUCCACAGCUCCAAGCAGCAGUUGUCCCGAGAACUAUCUGACUGUGUGGUUUACUGCAAGACCGUCCCGUUCCACAGCUUCAAGCACUCGCGUGCACACUACAAGUUCUACGAAAUCUCCUCCUUCACCGAGUCCAAGGCCCGCAAACUCGUCCGGGAGUACGGGGGGGAGUUUGUGCGGCACAACACCUGGCAGUUGAGUCGUGUCUACCCCAGCGGUCUCCGCACCGACUCCUCCAACUUCCACCCCCAGGACAUGUGGAACUCCGGCUGUCAGAUCGUUGCGUUGAACUUCCAGUCGGCCGGAGAGGAGAUGGACCUGAACGACGGCCGUUUCAGCCCCAAUGGUCACUGCGGCUACUUGCUGAAGCCCGUCUUCAUGAGAUCGCCUUCCGGAACCUUCCACCCCGACCGCCCGCAGACGUCCACCGCCUACCGGCCCCUCAACCUCACCAUCCAGGUGAUCAGCGGCCAGCAGUUGCCCAAGGUGACCAACAGUAAGCCUGGGUGGAUCGUAGACCCGCUGGUGAGAGUGGAGAUUCACGGAGUAGCCAUGGACAACGCCAAGCUGGAGACCAAGUACAUCGACAACAACGGCUUUAACCCAGUGUGGGGAGAGACGCUACGAUUCACGGUUCACGUCCCAGACCUGGCGCUGGUUCGAUUCCUCGUCGAGGAUUACGACUUGGCCUCGAAGAACGACUUUGUGGGACAGUUCACCCUGCCAUUGACAUCCAUGAAGGAAGGUUACCGCCAUGUCCCGCUCCUGUCCCAGGACGGAACUCCCCUCACCCCCGCCUCCCUGUUUGUGCACGUCACCAUGUUGCCCCCCGCAGACACGUAGUGUGGAGGGAGGGACAGAGAGAGGGGAGAGAGGAUAGGAGAGAGAGAGGGAGAGAAUGGGCGGGGAGAAAGGAGAGAGAGGGGGUGAGUGGAGAAGGGAGAGAGAAGGGAUAGAGCAGGGGAGAGA